AUGUCAAGUGAACCCACCAGAGGCAUUGCAGACGGCCUCACUCCUUCCCACACAUAUGUACCAAACCAAGGCUACGUAAGUGCGGAUGUAGCACCGCCCCGCAGAAGAAUAGCGCUGGGCCAAUUUAUUCAAGAAGAUGAUGACGACGACGUGGAAGACGAUGAAGGUGCAGAUGCAGAGGAAGACGACGAUGGUGAAGAGGACCUGUACGCCGAAGCAGUGGACCGUGACCAGGUCCUGGAUCCUGAGGACCUCGCAAACUCUAAUCCCGCCGACCUGACAAAAGCAUAUAACCGCCGAAGACGCCUCGAUGAAGCAACUUCAAACCCGAGCAUACCCUCAUGGCAGUAUCCCAAAGCAAACCCCCAGCAAAAGUCGUCUCAAGGAUCAGCCGCCAACAUGCCCCGCGCAAUGGAUGCACUCUGGUUUCUCGAAAUGGACGAAGUCGACAACCGCCCUCCCACCAACAAAGACAAGAGCGAACGGGCGACGGCAGAGCAAGUCCUGGACCCCAAAACUCGCAUGAUCCUCUUCUCGAUGAUCCAGAAGGGCAUCGUCUCCGAGGUGCACGGGACCAUUUCCACAGGGAAGGAAGCAAACGUCUACCACGCCGUCGCCGCGUCUGAGGAUGACUCCCAAGAAGACACCCACGUCGCCAUCAAGGUGUACAAAACCGCCAUCCUGGUCUUCAAAGACCGCGAAAAGUACGUGACCGGCGAACAUCGGUUCCGCAAGGGACACAGAACCAAGGACAACCGCGCGAUGGUGAAGAUGUGGGCGGAGAAGGAAAUGCGAAAUCUCAAGAGAAUUCAUGCAGCGGGGAUCCCUUGUCCUGAGCCGCUCUACCUUCGACGGCACGUCCUGGGCAUGAACUUUAUUGGGAACGGCAAAAAGGGCAAAGCGGCACCUCGGCUGAAAGACUUGGAGUUUGAGGGCGAAGACGAAAGAGCGACGAGGUGGCGGACAAUCUACAUUGACGUGGUGGCGUACGUGCGGAUCAUGCUGCAGGUCUGCCACCUCGUCCACGCCGACUUGAGCGAGUACAACAUCCUGUACCACGAGGACAAGCCCUACAUUAUCGACGUGAGCCAGAGCGUGGAGGGCGACCACCCGCGAAGCCUGGAUUUCCUGCGGAUGGACAUUAAGAACGUGACCGACUUCUUCCGCCGGAAGGGCGUCAACGUGCUGUCGGAGCGAAAGAUGUACGAGUUCGUCACGAAACCCGAGGCUACUACUACUACUGGCGACCAGGGUCCGCAGAUGGACGAGCUGCGGAAGGAACUCGACAGAGUGAUGGCGGAGCGCACGGAAGACGACGACGAAGAAGACGAGGUCGACAACCAAGUCUUCCGCCAGCAGUAUAUCCCGCAGACGCUGGACGACGUGUAUGACGCGGAGAGAGAUGCAGAAACACUGCAGACACAAGGGCGAGCGGCGCUGGUGUACAAGGACCUGCUGGCGCCGCUGCGAAGCGAAGACGCGCCCGCGGCGGUGGAGUCCACACCCGUCACGCUGCCGGGCGAUGGACGUCAAGAUCCCGACGAAGAAGGCGAGGGCGGUGCACCUCUCCGCUCCGACGCAGACGCCUCAGACGCCUCCGCCGCAUCCAAAGACGACGACUCGGACGUCUCGGACUCCACCUCGUCCUCGUUCUCGCCGUCGCGCCCGCGCGGCAAGCGGUUCCAGGAUAAAGAGGAGAAGCGGCAGCACAAGCAGAAGGUCAAGGAGGAGAAGCGCGAGAAGAGGUCCCAGAAGAUGCCAAAGGCCACCAAGAAGAAGUUGGUCAAGGAGUCGGCGAGGCAUCAGCGGAGUAAGCACUGA